GUGUGACGUCACAUCCGGGUUCAGACAUCUGCUUGCUCUGUAGAAGAGUUAGCGCACUGACAAAAACCAAAUGGCUGAAUUAGAGAUUGGGAAACAUUGUCAGAUCGACUCCUGCAACCAGACAGAUUUCCUCCCAUUUGUUUGUGAUCUCUGCAGCGGCGUUUACUGCCUCGAGCACAGAAGCAGAGAUGCUCAUUCGUGUUCACAGGAGCCAGCGAAAAGGGAACCCAGGACUGAGGGCGGCACAAAAAGUUAUCCCUGCUCGUUCCAAGACUGCAAGGGGAAAGAAUUGUUGCCAGUUAUAUGUCCGCACUGCGAAAAACAUUUCUGUUUAGCCCAUCGUCACCAAGAUGAUCACAAGUGUGAGAAGUUAGAGGUCCAAAAGCCUCGAAUGGCAGCCACGAAGGAGCUGGUGCAAAAGAUUGUGGAGUCUAAGGAUGGAUCCAAAAAAAAAGGACGCAAGGGAGCAAAGAACAGCGCAACUGCAGCUAAGGUAGCACUGAUGAAACUAAAGCUGCAUGCUGCAGGAGACAAGGGACUGCCACAGACAGAAAGAACCUAUUUCCAGGUGUAUCUUCCUAAAGAAUCCACAGCCUCCAGCCAACCCAUGUUCUUCUGUUCCAAAUGGAGUGUGGGCAAAGUGGUGGAUUAUGCAGCUUCACUCGCUAACCUAAAGAACAACAAUAACGUCCUCACGGCUAAGAAGCUGCGGUUGUGUCACCCUCAGACGGGUGAAGCUCUCCGGAUGGAUGACACCCUACUCUUGCUGCUGGCUCACCCAGACGCUCCCCUGUACAACGGGGGAAACGUGAUCCUUGAGUACCUGGACAAUGAUAGGACAGGCCUGGGGGAUGUUUCUGACUAUAUCGCACAGACCUGACACUCACUUUUGUACCAAUGAUUUCAAAUUGCUGUGUGUAUUUCUGUCAAUAAAAUGUCUUUAUGAAUUAUA